AAAGAGAUCAAACAUUGUCAACUGAUAAAAGAUUACAGUAACAGUCGAAAUAGUACUGGAAGAAUCGGUUCAAGUCAUGUUAAUUUAUUGAUAAAUACACCUCAUAUCAUUCACUUUUACUAGAGGUCUUAUGUAUUGUUCUCAUGUAACCCUAUGAAUUAUUAAUUUACACUUUCAUAAAAUGAUUAUUGAACUGGAACGUUUCAGAAGCAAAGUGAUUUUUACCUAACUCUGACGCAUUUCAUUCAGGAAUUUUUAAAUUUUUCCGCAUCGAUAUUUAGAAAAAUUCUCCUGCAACUAUGGCUCUACCAAAAUACGCUUUCACCCUUUCUGAUGUCAUCAAAGACAAGAAGGUUUCCCAAGAUGAGGUGACCGAAGUAAGACUGUGGAUGCUCACAGUUAGUCUUCCGGUUGUCUCUGACGAGAUGAUAGCAACGUUUGUUAUAGCUUGCAGAAGGGACGUUGACAAUACCAAAAAAGCACUGAUGAACUAUUUCCUAUGUAAGAAAAAAUCUCCUGAAGUAUUCAACGAUUGCGACGUCGACUCAGAAGAAUUGAAGAUAGCAACGAAUACCAUCUAUCAUGCAUCCAUGCCAGUACGAACAGAUGAUGACUCAGUAGUUCAUAUGUUCAGACUCAACGACACCAGUUACAAACACUUUCACUUUGAUCCGAUAGCGAAAUUAUGUUUUAUGCUUGUCGAUAUCAGUUUGAACACAAAGAGUCCCCCCACUGGUUUGAAAGUUGUGGUGGACGCUAGAGGGGCUGGAUUGAUGCAUUUGACUCGUUUCAAAUUGGGUUCGAUGAAGAGAUUAAUUGAAUAUCUCCAAGACGCAAUGCCUUUAAACAUGAAAGAGAUCCAUGUCCUUAACACUAUUUACCUCGUGGAUAAAAUUUUGUUUAUGAUCAAGCCAUUUAUGAAACCUGAAUUGUAUAAAAUGUUACAUCUCCAUCCAAAUAAUACAAACCUGGAGGAGUUCUCCAAGAAUCACAUACCGAAAAAGUGCUUACCGUGUGAUUACGGUGGGGAUCUUCCAUCAUUCCAAGAAUUGAACGAGAAAACCAUCGAGAGAUAUAGGGAACUCAAAGAAUACUACCAAGACGAAGAAAGCAUCCGGAAAUCAUGGGAAACGUCACUCAACUGAACAAAAUAAAGUUAAUUUUACACAAAAA